CUUCUUUAACGUUGCUACAAAUACGUUGUUUUUGUUCUUGUUUUUUUCAGAUAACAAACCUUAACUUCUUCUAACUCUCUCUUUAUAUAAAUUUUAUUUUUUAAUUAAAUUCUACCGAACCAAACUCCGAACCUAUGGCUGAGCUCCAAGCCAAACAAGAAACAGUUCCAGUUACAGCUCCGGUCCCGACUCCGGCUCCAGCGCCAAUUCCGGCACCCAAGCUAGCUGAGGCGCCGCCACUUGAUGUUGCUGAUAAGAAAGCGGCUGCACUGCCACCACCGCCUGCGGCGGAGGAAACCAAGGCUCUUGUUGUUGUGGAUAAUGAGAAGACACCAGAUCCUGUUAAGAAAGUUUCAGGAGGAUCCCAUGAUAGAGAUAUCGUUCUUGCCGGAAUCGAGAAAGAGAAAAGAUUAUCUAAUGUGAAGGCAUGGGAAGAAAGUGAAAAAUCCAAAGCAGAUAAUAAAGCACAAAAGCAGCUAUCUACUGUUGCUGCUUGGGAAAACAGCAAGAAAGCAGCUCUUGAAGCUAGACUCAGAAAAAUGGAGGAACAAUUAGAGAAAAAGAAAGCAGAAUAUGGAGAGAGAAUGAAGAACAAAAUAGCUAUGAUUCAUAAACAAGCAGAGGAAAAAAGAGCAAUGGUUGAAGCAAAACGAGGUGAAGAUAAUCUGAAAGCAGAGGAAAUAGCUGCAAAGCAUCGUGCAACUGGAACUGUUCCAAAGAAACUUCUUGGAUGCUUUUGAAAUGAUGGUGUUAUCAAUUAUGAAAUUUUGUCUAUAUUUGUUGUUGUUCAUGUUAUUAUUCUUGUUGUUUGUUUUUAAUGUUGUUUGUGUAUGUGUGUGAAAAGUAAUGGAAAGGGAGAAUACAAUGAGAAACAUGUUGGACAGGUCAGAGGAUCUUUUGUUUA